CAGCACCCUCUGCCACCCGCCUGCCGUGUCCCACAGCUCCAAGGUCAGCCUCUUUGCUGGUGCACAAAGCAGGCAAGAAAACGGCAUUCGAACAAACCUCGAUCCUGAAGUUGGAAAAUCCGUUCGCGUUCGCCUGCAGGCCCUCAUCCGUCGCUUGAGGCCCUCUCCGUCCCUGCCUGCGCUUUUCUGCAGCUUUCCCGAACACAAAGCUUCCACCGCAGAUACUCGACUCCUUACUUCCAACCUACCUCCUCCGCUCUCCGUCCUCUACCGUCAUCUCAGGUUGCUUGCACCAGCGUAUUUUCUGAACAUGGCGUCCCUGAAUACCUCCCAAAAUGGGCCCUCCAUCAUCAAGAGUUAUCAGUCAAUUGUCAACUCACCGCCAUCUUCCGGUCCCGCAGCAAGUUCUUCCACGUACGGUCAGUGGAUCGUGCUCUCGGUGGCAGCCCCGUUGGUCAGCGCUUUCCAGCACGACGGAGGCAAAGAGAGCGUUUUGAAGGUUCAGAGCACGGGUGAGGGAGAGCUGGUCGACCUCAUAGAAGAGUUCUCCGAAGGCAGAAUACAAUUUGCCUUUGCCAAGGUCAAAGACCCGAACACAACCCUGCCUAAAAAUAUUUUGAUUUCGUGGUGCGGAGAAGGUGUGCCGGAAAGGACAAAGGGCUAUUUCAACAGCCAUCGCGCCGUUGUCUCCAAGUUGCUCCAUGGUUAUCAUGUCGAGAUUACUGCGAGAUCUGAUCGUGAUCUUACACCGGAGUCCAUCAUCCAGAAAGUUCAGGAUGCAUCAGGCGCAAAGUACAGUGGCGGCGGAUCAAUCACCUCAGCCAGUGCUCCACCCCCUCCAGUUACCUCGAAGCCAGUGUUUACACCAACACGAGUAGGGGGUGGUGCUACUGCCAUUAAUCCACUCGCUGGGCGAUCACGAGCACCUGCACCUUCUGCCCCGGUUGAUGAUGACGGGUGGGGCCCUGAUGCACCUCCAGUGACGCGAACACAAUUGGAAAAGGUUGAAUCCGCGUACAAACCCACAAAAGUCAAUUUAAGUCAGCUCCAGGCACAGAAGGAGCCAUCUCGUUAUACACCACCACAGCCAACAUCAAGUAAUGGUAGUGAGGUGGUGAAGGGAGGUUACCAGCCAAUUGGCAAGGUUGACAUCAAUGAGAUUAGACGCCAAGCACGAGAAUCGGGCAACUUACAGGACGACAGGCCAACUGUCGUGAAAGGAGCCUAUGAGCCUGUUGGAAAGGUCGACAUCGCAGCAAUCAGAGCAAAAGCCCAAAAGCCAAGUUCUGAUGAUCUGGCUUCAAAGAUUUCGCCUGCUGCUACUGGAACUGAUCAUAACGAGAAACCCCUGAGUUUCGGGGAUCGAUCUGCAGUUUUCCAACAAGGCGGACGAAUCCUUACAGAAAUGCCGAAACCCAAGAUCGCACAUAAAUUUAGCGGCGUCGGUGCCUUUACGGGUACAAAAGCUCCUACGCCAGGAGGAUUUGAGCCAAUUACAAAUCCAAAGUCUGCUCCUAUCGGCUCUGCGAGUAGGACUUUCGCAGACGAAGGGGGAAAGACCCCUGCUCAGAUCUGGGCAGAGAAGAAAGCUCGUAAAGGUGCCGGCGUUGUCAGUCCUGCUGCUACUGGCGCUACCCCGACUUCACCCAUCAGUGCUCAAAAGAGUGGCACCGGCUGGGAAAGCGGCUACACGGGCAAGAAAUGGGCGCCUGUUCAGACGACACGGACUGGUCAGUCCGCAGCUAGCAACCUAAGUGACCAACGCACAGGACCGCAAGAAGAGGAAGAGGAGCCAGCCAGCGCGAGCGUAAGCUCUAUUCGAGAUCGCUUUGCAAGCGGCGACGCUCCGCCUCCAGUAGACAUGUCCAGUCGACCGAACGUGGGAGGUGGAGUUGCUAUCCCAGGUUUAGCAUUGCGUCCCUCGGCUCCUUCUGUGCCUGCCGAGCAGCAUGUUGUUCUGCCGCCUCCACAACAACCCAGUAGCCCUAGCCCAGAGUCUGAGGAAGAUUAUGUUCGUCCAAGCUCUCCUAUUAGAGUGGCAAUGCCUGUCAGCAGAACUAAGGAGCCAGAAAUUGAAUCUACUGAAGAGCCUCAACGGACAAUGCGGACAGAACCACCUGCGAAUCCUGUCUCUGCUACUGGCCACCAGGAUCUCGAAGAAGAGAUCUCACGUGUUACAGUUCAAGCCGCACCGGCAUCAACGUCCAGAACUGAUACAACUGCUGCGGCACCAAGAUCCGGCACGUCGGGUCGCCGCGCUCUGAUUCAAUACGAUUACGAAAAAGCAGAAGAUAAUGAGAUCGAGCUUAUCGAGGGCCAAUACGUCACGAAUAUCGAGAUGGUUGACGAAGAUUGGUGGAUGGGUCAGAAUGAAAAGGGCGAAACGGGACUAUUCCCCAGCAACUACGUUGAACUUGUUGAAGAACAGGAUACUACUACAUCUGCUCACGCUAUUUCACAUGUGGAAUCCGCAGAACCUCCAGUCCCAUCUCAGCCAGACACUGGAGCUGGAAGGACUGCCACUGCUCAAUACGACUAUGAGGCAGCAGAAGACAACGAACUGAGCUUUCCAGAUGGCGCAAAGAUUACCAAUGUGGAAUUUCCGGAUGAGGAUUGGUGGUUUGGAGAAUACGGCGGCAAGAGUGGUCUUUUCCCUGCUAAUUAUGUUCAGCUUGACGACUAAGGAUCUGAUAGCAUAUCAACACGUUUUGGGCUAUUGUCUCUUUUAGGCCCUAUCAAAGAAACGGCUUGAGGGCUAGACUCGAGCUGCUAUGCAAGCUUGUCAGCAUCCAUGAAGCAGCCAUUCAUUGUGGUAGAAUGAAAUAUAUCUUGCAUUAAAAAAAAGUUGGCAGAAAAAUGUACCAAGAUCGGCAGAUGUAGUGGAUUCAAUGACAUGAAUGCCUCGUCACUCGUCAUUGCUGCUCUCGUUGUCGUACCACCGAGUAUGUGAGGAGAAGAUGAACACACCGGGCUUCCCUCCCAUCCAUUUAACGAUGUCAUCACCAGGGCCAUGUCAAUUAUCUGGAGUUGCUUAAGGCAGGAACGGUUUCUGCAAGAUGAAACAGGAGGCUGGUGGACAUCAAGUUUCACACGCAGGAUAUCUGGUCCCAGUCGUCCGUCCAAGACUUUAGGGACUCUUUAGCAACGGAACCCACGGCCGGGAUUGACAUUGGUAUCUCAUCAGUCUGUGACGGUCAGACUCUUGUUCGGAUGAAGUCGUUUUGAUGAAUUCCGCCACUGCGCUCCAUGGCAACCAAAGCAGUAUCGCUGACUGUGUGUCUGAGAUUCGCCAGCCGGUGCGUGACACGCUUGCCGUUACGGACGCUUGUUUGCUCUUGACAUGUCCAUGAGAGGUCGCGUCGUCAAUGUGUCUCCCGUACCUAGAAAAUCGACCAAAUUCUCCCUCUCCAUUGCACAUCGCGGCGAGAGGCUACCACCGUGGCUGACGGCCACAAACACUAUGCAGGACUGUCAGCAAGCUGGUGAUAACGGGAGGCUGGGUUUCGUAGCGCCGCGUACGCGAUGAGCAAAGCCGGGCUUGCUGCCGCGACCCGAGUUGAUUGCAGAAAAAACGAACGAGAAAAGGUAGCGGGAUUUUUUGGUCAACUGUUGUCACUCUGGCUAUGCUAAAAUAAGUCUAAACACACCGAUCGAUCGCAUGAGACUCCCACUCACGCGUUGGGGCACAAAGGACUUGACAAGUGGAAAGGGCAUCAAGACAAGUGACGAGGGGAGCCGAAAUCCCCGUCCUGUUGGCGACCGGAGACGCUGGUCAACUCACGGGGUCUGUCCUGGAGCGAUGAGAGAGCCGAGGAGCCGGAAGGAAGACCGAAAUACAUGAUCCAUGAUUCGCAUGGCUGCUCUACCUUUACAUCCUCCGAUACGCUGUCCCAGCCGCUGCCUUCUCAGCUAUCAAGCCAGAAAUCGCUGGCAUGGAACAUGUGAGCGAAUCGCUCGGAUCCUGCAAUGAUUUUCCGUAGCAAGGUGGCCAGCCGACUGCUUCGAGACCUGCUCUGUCGGAUGGCGCGAAGAGAUGAUGACGUGAAAUUGGGUCGCCGCACAUAGAGGAGUUCGCUAUCAUUACGUAGUGAGGGCAAAUCAUAUGUCGACGUUGAUAUUAAAAAGCGAGAGGAUGCAGUCAGCAUCAGUGCCGCAGACGAGAGGUGAAGUAAACGUAAUCAAAGGCACGGUGGAAUGCGCUUCAUCUAACUCAGGUCAAGGCAUAUUGUACCCACAAAUAUUUCCAUCCCAUGUACUUGUAUGAAGAAGUCCUGAAUGAGCACGUAGUGUUUGAUAUGCUGCACAGGCGAACGCGGUGUGAACGGACAUCCUGAUGUGAGACAUUUAGCAUUCUUUUGGCUAUGUAGCGAGGCCGGUAGAGUGGGCAACAGAGGAG